GUAGAUUUUUUUAAUUUUUUUGAGAAUUGCGGCGAAUUUUUAUUCAAAGUGCAUGGGGGCUGCAAACAUCAAACACCAAACAAUGGCAAACAACAACCACAAGUGAACUGUUUUACAUUUGCUUGAAGAGACGCUCCGCUCACCAAAGACACCGAAGUCGCUGCUCCAACCACCGCCGCUUGAGCCACCGAUCCACGAAUCCCAUCCAGCAAACCACCGAACCACCGAGCCACCGCUGCCAACCGAUUCACUUUCUUCCUAACCAUAUAAAAGCGGCGCAUUUUCGUUGCAACCACAUUAUUCAGUGGUGAAAAGUCGUUGCGUGCAGUCAUCCAGUGAUCUCCAAAUAAAUCGCGAGCUUAAACUCAACUCAAACUAAAAUGGCUUUCAAGUAUCUGAUCUUCGCCUCGGCUCUGUGCCUGAGCCUUGCUUAUCCGCUGGAGCACCAGUACUACGAGGAGAGCCAUGGGUACGAGCACCUGGCCCACCACGAACCGGAGCCCAUCCACGAGUAUGGCCACCACCAGAUCGAACGCAUCUCACUGGGCGAGGAGCAUGGUCACCUCGAACACGCCGAGCCCCACUACGAGACCCACGAAUCCCACGGACAUGAUGAACAUGUGGACUACUAUGCUCCUCCCAAGUACGCGUUCAAGUACGGCGUGAAUGACUUCCACACCGGAGAUGUCAAGUCCCAGCACGAGACCCGCGAUGGCGACACCGUCAAGGGACAGUACUCGCUGGUGGAGCCCGAUGGUUCCAUCCGCACCGUGGACUACACCGCCGACAAGCACAAUGGUUUCAACGCCGUGGUCCACAAGACCGCACCAGUGCAUCAUCAUGAGGAGCUGCACGAGCACCAUUACUAAGCCAGGACACACUGCGCACUAGAGUUAGCCAAAUUGCUCAUCAGCCGGAAGUGGGAGGAGGAUUAUGAGGACUAGGAGGAGGGACAAGCAUAUCCACAUCGCUCGACCAUGGAAUCAGCUUCAUAUCUCGUAAUUAGGACAUCAGCACACACCCAGGCCAAGGAUCACAUCCUGUCCAUGGCCAUUUCAUUAACAUUUUGUAUAUUGUAUUUUAUUCUGUGAUAGCGAAUAACUUCUAUGUGUAUCUUCCGCUUUCAACUGAUCCUUAGUCACUACCUGCUCAGACGAAUUUACCAAUCACUACUCGACUGUAUACCUUAAUCUUUAAUCUAUAAUCUAUAAUCUGUAAACUGUAAUGUAUACU